UAUUUGUGAUGUUUGUCUUCCGCUUUAGACAGUGCAGGUUUACGUGUUUACAGACCGACAAGGUACAAUGAACAAUGAAGUCAUCCGUGGAUGAAUGUAUUCAGUCAUCAGCGAAAAUGAGACCCGAAUCUUAAUGGCCGCCCAUAACGGAGAAUUAGGAGGGUAUUUCUCUUCCUCCCGUGCCGUGGGGUGGUGCGAAUUUUGUGAGAAUCAAGCCACCACCGCCUCGGAACAGUUCGUCCGCAGCUUCCUCGAUUUUCAAAGGAGCCAGUACACUUCCGCAGAUUCUGUACCCCGCGACCCUGUAAUGUACGCAAGAAAGUUUGUGGAGUACUUUCUUCAACAUUUCGAGCGGCAGAUCAAACGGACUUCUUACUACCUAGAGUCGCAGACACAAAUCAAGUCCACGUUCCAGGGGAGUGACCCCCUCUUUUCAGGACUUUCUAAUGAGCAUCAUAAUCUGUCACGAGAAUCGAGUUUUGCCUCACAGACUUCACGAUCUCCCACGAAUGGUAGUAGUUCCCAUAACCCCAUAGUGGAUGAUUAUUCAGACAAUGUGACAGCAGUCAACACAUCAGUUACUUCCCCUGAUAUAAAGUCUAAACACUCCCCUAAAGAGAAAGGCUUUCUCCGUAGAUUUUCAUUUCGUAAACAUAAACGAUCAGGUAAACAUAGUGGUGAUAAUGUUGAUUUAACAGCAAAUCACAGAAAGUUUAAAAACAGUCAACGGAGUAAAUCAAAUGUCAAGUCCGAAUGUCAGGGUGAUGUGAAGCGAGAGAGUGUAGUAAACGUUCUGACAGGUGAAGAUUCCAAGGGGAAGUCACGAUGGGAAAAAACGAGACUUGUGCUCAAAGAAGUUAGUGGGGGUUCCCUUUUGGAGUUCUACUCACCUCCAAAGUCACUAAAACCGAAGGCUGGUCUUUUCUGCUUCCUCAUCACUGAAACAAGGGAAACAACUUCCUUGGAAAUGCCUGACAACCACCAGCAUACAUUUGUUCUAAAGGGACAAGGCACCAGUGAAUAUGUGAUUGAGGCUCAGAAUCAUGAGGACAUGAAGGCGUGGCUUUCCAUGAUUGGCGGAUGUAUCAGCCAACCAAGUACCCCAGCCGAGCCUGUAUCACCACCCCACCGCCCAGCGGAUCUAAAUGAAUCGCUGGGACCAAUGCGACCACGACUUCCAACUGCACCCAGUGGAACUGUAGCUGAUCGCAAAGAAAUGGCUACCUUGCAUCGUAGCUCCUCUCAGGGUAGUUUGGGUAGUAAUCCUCCCCCAGAUGUCCCUCCCAGGCCCCGCCCCAUCAGUACCCAUAGUGACAUCAUACAGACCAGAAUUUCCUCUGCAGAAGCCCUCAAUAUGUCCUCUUCACCUGGUAGAAUGCACAGUGAACUGGACUCUGGGAGAGAUGAGACCCAUGUGGAACAAAUGUUAAGGGAAUACCCAUGGUUUCAUGGGACCCUCUCACGUCUGGAGGCAGCACAUCUUGUUCUUCAACAAGGUCAUAUUGGACAUGGUGUGUUCCUCGUGCGACAGAGUGAGACCAGAAAGGGAGAGUAUGUCUUAACGUUCAACUUCCAAGGACGUGCAAAGCAUUUACGGAUGACAAUUAACAAUGAUGGCCAGUGUCGAGUUCAGCAUUUAUGGUUUCAAUCAAUAUUUGACAUGUUAGAACAUUUCCGCACCCACCCUAUUCCCUUAGAGUCUGGUGGCUCCUCAGAUGUAACACUCACAGAUUAUGUGGUGGCCAUGGAGCGUCCAAGGACACCUCAGAUGUUAAGAGGAUCCCCCCGGACUAGGGGUGGGGCUCUAGGUUCUAAUCCCAGCAUAGGAAGGAGCCCUGGCAAUGUGUCAAACCAAGUAGAUCCAAAUGGACGUGAGGUGGUGGUCAUUAGUGGAUCAGUCAGGGCUACGACAGAAUCCUUAGAAAAUGUCAUGCGAGAGCAGGCCCAAGGUCAGGGAUCACAUGGCCGAGCAGUGGAAAACCAGUACUCGUUUGUGUGAAAUACUAAGCCAUAGACUGCCAAUAAAAACCAAAGUUAGAGAGAAUCAAGAUGUCACAGAAUAAGUAGUCAAGCCGAGAGGAAAUGCCACCAUAGUUUAGAUUGUGGCUGUCCCCUUACUGAGUUGGAGGGGGGGGGGGGGGCAAGUGAGAUGUGUUCUAACAUCUGUUUGACAGAGAUCUAUUUUUACAGUACAUAUAUGUGAUAAUGUUGUGGAUCACUUUAUAAAAGAAUGUUGUUUUCACGCAUUUGUUAAACAUUGAUUUAGUUGUGUACAUUCUUGGUGAAUGUUCACUAUUCCAGAAUACAUGUGGUAGUUUGUUUAUUCUCAAAUGAUUAUGACUUAUUUUGUUGUUAUUAUUAUGUUUUUAAAAGCAAUUAGAAAUCACUCUUUAUUUCAAUAAACCUUUUU